AUGGGAAGCAAAGCUAAUGUCUCAAUCUACUUGAUUGUUUCCCUUUGUGCUGCCGUUUUUGUCCCUCAAGGAGAAGCUCAAACGCUAACGCCACCACCGACAAUUCCAGGUCUUUUCCCACCUGGUUUAGUACCUGUUGAUCUCGUAAAAUGUUGGUCGUCUCUCUUCAGUGUUGAAGGAUGUGUGCUUGAAAUCUCCAAAUUGAUUUUCUCUGGAAAGAUUGAAAAAGUUGAAGCCGCAUGUUGCAAGGUGUUUACAUCCUUAGAUGCAAACUGUUGGCCUCAAAUGUUUCCAUUGAAUCCUUUCUGUGAGUCAAGUGAGUAG